CCCUUCACACAAGCGGCUGGGCGAGGCGGCGCCGGCGGUCAGAGCUGCGCUGGGUGUUCAGGGGCCAAGAUGGCGGCGCGCCGGGGACGGAGGGACGGAGUCGGUCCGCCUCCGAGUGGGGGCCCCGGCCCCGACCCUGGCGGUGGAGUCCGCGGCAGCGGUUGGGGGAGUCGGAGCCAAGCGCCAUAUGGGACUGUGGGCGCUGUGAGCGGAGGGGAACAGGUGCUGCUGCAUGAGGAGGGGGAUGAUUCUGGCUUUGUCAGUCUGUCUCGGCUGGGCCCCUGUCUGAGGGACAAGGACCUGGAGAUGGAGGAGCUCAUGCUGCAGGAUGAGACACUGCUGGGGACCAUGCAGAGCUACAUGGAUGCCUCCCUCAUCUCCCUCAUUGAGGAUUUUGGGAGCCUUGGAGAGAGCAGGUUAUCCCUGGAGGACCAGAAUGAAGUGUCGCUGCUCACAGCUCUGACGGAGAUCUUGGAUAAUGCAGACUCCGAGAACCUGUCUCCGUUUGACAGCAUUCCUGACUCGGAGCUGCUUGUGUCACCUCGGGAGGGCUCCUCCCUACACAAGCUGCUCACCCUCUCUCGGACACCCCCAGAACGUGACCUUAUCACCCCAGUUGACCCAUUGGGGCCCAGCACGGGCAGUAGUAGAGUGAGUGCGGUUGAGAUGUCUCUCCCAGAUCCCCCUUGGGACUUCUCCCCACCCUCCUUCUUGGAGACCUCCUCCCCCAAGCUUCCUAGCUGGAGACCCCCAAGGUCGAGACCCCGCUGGGGCCAAUCCCCUCCUCCCCAGCAGCGUAGUGAUGGGGAAGAAGAGGAAGAGGUGGCCACCUUCAGUGGCCAGGUGCUUGCUGGGGAGCUUGACAACUCUGUAAGCAGCAUCCCAGACUUUCCCAUGCACCUGGCCUGCCCUGAGGAGGAAGAUAAAACAGCAGCAGCAGAGAUGGCAGUGCAGGCAGCUGGUGACGAGAGCAUCUCCUCCCUGAGUGAGCUGGUGCGGGCCAUGCACCCAUACUGCUUGCCAAACCUCACCCACCUGACAUCACUUGAGGAUGAGCUUCAGGAGCAGCCAGAUGAUUUGACACUGCCUGAGGAUUGUGUGGUGCUGGAGAUUGUGGGUCAGGCGGCCGCAGCUGGCAAUGACCUAGAGAUCCCAGUUGUGGUACGGCAGAUCCCUACUGGACCCCAGCCUGUGCUCUUGGGUGACUCACUAGAGGCUGGUCCAGCCUUGCAGCUGCUCUUGCCUACACUAGAGUCAGAGACGGAGGCUGCUGUGCCCAAGGAAGCCCUCUGCCCUGAGAAAGAGGGGUUGUCACUGGACUCAGAAGAGAAGCUGGAGUCAGCGUGCUUGUCGGAGCCCAGGGAGGUCGUGGAGCCAGUGGUGCCCAAGGGGCCUCAGAACCCAUCAGCCAAUGCAAUGCAGAGUUCCCAGAGAGCUCGAAAGGGCAGGAGGAAGAAGAGCAAGGAGCAUCCAGGAGCCUAUGCAGAAGGCUAUGCCAGGAGGCUGAGGUCAUCUUCUCGUGGGCAGUCUACCGUGGCUACAGAUGUGACCUCUCAGGCAGGCAACUUGCCUCAGGAGGAACUUCAAAGAGAGGUUGCGCCUCCCUGUGGUAGAGGGAAGCCCCGGGCUUGGGCUCGGGCAUGGGCAGCUGCCUUGGAGAAGCCUACCUCUGGGAACUUGGAGAGUAGUGCUGGACAAGCUAGUCCUGCUAAAGAAGGUCCUCUAGACCUCUACCCCAAUGUGGUUGACACCAUCCAAACCGACCCUGUUCCAACCCAUCUCUCAUUGGUUGACUCUGCUCAAGCUGACCGCAUGCCACUUGACUCUGUUGAAGCUGAUCCCACUGCAGUUGACCCUGUUCUAGCUGACCCUGCACUGGUUGACCUUGCUUCAGUUAACUCAGAGCUGGUUGACCCUCUCCCAGAUGACCCAGUGCUCACUGCCCCAGUCCUGGCUGACUCAGCAGCAGUUGACCCUGCAGUGGUUGUUCCCAUCUCUGAGGAUCUGCCACCAGUUGACCCUGUCCCGGCCAAUCCAGCACCAGUUGACUCUGUUCCUGAUGACCUGGCUCCAGUUGACCCUGUGCUAGUUAAGUCUAGGCCAACUGAUCCCAGACGUGGUGCAGUAUUAUCAGCCCAGGGGAGUCCAACCCCCCAGCUCCUCCUGGAGUCUGAGUCCUUGGACCCCCCAAAGGCCAUCAUCCCUGAAGUCAAGGAGGUUGUGGGUCCUCUGAAGGUGGAAAAUGGUAUCAAUGCCACAACCCACGAAGCCAGACCUCGGCCUCUUAGCCUGUCUGAGUACCGGCGACGAAGGCAACAGCGCCAAGCAGAGGCAGAAGAGAGGAGUCUCCAGCCCCCAGCUGGGAAGUGGCCCAGUCUCCCAGAAACCCCCACAGGACUGGCAGACAUCCCUUGUCUUGUCAUUCCACCAGCCCCAGCCAAGAAGACAGCUCUACAGAGAAGCCCUGAGGCUCCUUCUGAGGCUUGCUUUGUGCUUUUGGGUCCCAGCUCUGCUUCUCCUAGUCUUGAGCCACCUGCAAACAAACCUAUGGCCUCAACUCCCACUGAGCAGGUGCCAUCCCAAGAGAUGCCACUGCCAGCGAGACCUCCACCUCCUGUUGUGCAAUCUGUGUCCCCCACAAUGCCCACGGCUCUACCUUUUACCCCGGGUGGGCUGGGCAUGACCCCCAUGCUGCCCCUUCCUGCAAGUGGGCAAGGGGUCCCCAGUCUGCCCCCACCACCCUUGCAGCCUCCUAGUCUUCCGAUGUCUCUGGGGCCAGUGCCACCUGAUCCCUAUACUCACUAUGCCCCUGUGCCACCCUGGCCUUGUUAUCCCCCUGUGUCCCCUUCUGGCUAUCCUUGCCUGCCCCCCCCACCAACAGUGCCGAUAGUGUCUGGUACUCCUGGCGUCUUUCCUGUGCCCCCCACUUGCAAUGUGCCUUGGGUGCCCCCUCCUGCCCCAGUCCCACGUUACAGCUCCAGCUGUACCUAUGGGCCCUUGGGAUGGGGCCCAGGGCUGCAACACCCUUCAUUCUGGCCUACUGUACCCCCGCCUCCUUUGCCGCUAACUCCUGUUGGGAGGGGUGUUCCCUCACCCAAGGUGGAGCCCAGUGGCAUCCCAGCUGGCCCCCCUGAAAGUGUACUUCCUUUACCGAUGAUGACUCCUCUCAGUCUUGGGUCUGCUGGCCAGGGUGCUCCACAGAUAGAGCCCACCAAGGUGGAGGUCAAGCCAGUGCCUGUAUCUCCCCAUCUGAAACAUAAGGUGUCCUCCCCGGUGCAAAGCCCCCGGAUUAAGGCUCUACCAUGUCUGUCUGCUGAGACUGUGGCUGUUGAGGAGCCUGCAUCAGAGAGACUAAAGCCUGAGACCCAGGACACCAGGCCCAGGCAGAAGCCCCCCUCUCCUGUUGCCAAGGCUGUUCUUACACCAAGGCAGGGCACUGUUGCCAAGCUGCCUGCUGUCCACCCAGCCCGUCUAAGGAAACUGUCCUUCCUGCCUACCCCACAUACCCAGGGUCCUGAGGACGUGGUGCAGGCUUUCAUCAGUGAGAUUGGAAUUGAGGCAUCCGACCUAUCCAGUCUGCUGGAGCAGUUUGAGAAAUCAGAAGCCAAAAAGGAGUGCCCUCCCCCGCCUCCUGCUGACAGCUUGGCUGUAGGAAACUCAGGCAGCGUUGACACUCCCCAGGAGAAGAGGCCCCUAGACCGGUUACAAGCCCCAGAACUGGCCAACGUGGCAGGGCUCACCCCUCCAGCUACCCCUCCCCACCAGUUAUGGAAGCCCCUGGCUGCUGUCUCACUGCUGGCCAAAGCCAAAUCUCCUAAGUCCACCGCCCAGGAGGGAACCCUGAAGCCUGAAGGAGUUACAGAGGCCAAACAUCCACCUGCAGCCCGUCUCCAAGAAGGGGUCCAUGGCCCUAGUCCAGUCCAUGUGGGCUCUGGGGACCAUGACUAUUGUGUUCGGAGCAGGACCCCCCCAAAAAAGACACCUACCCUAGUCAUUCCAGAGGUGGGCUCCCGAUGGAACGUCAAACGCCACCAGGAUAUCACCAUCAAACCUGUCUUGUCCCUGGGCCCAGCUGCCCCCCUGCCCCCAUGCACAGCUGCUUCCCAGGAACCACUUGAUCACAGGACUAGCAACGAGCAGGCAGAUCCCCCAGCUCCUUGCCUUGCCCCAUCUGCCUUGCUGUCCCCUGAGGCUUCGCCCUGCCGGAAUGAUAUGAACACUAGGAUUCCCCUUGAGCCCUCAGCCAAGCAGCGGUCAGUGCGCUGUUAUCGAAAAGCCUGCAGGUCAGCCAGCCCCUCAAGCCGGGGCUGGCAGGGCCGCCGUGGCCGCAGCAGCCGUUCUGUCAGCUCUGGGUCCAACCGGACCAGCGAAGCAUCUUCCUCCUCAUCCUCAUCGUCGUCUUCCUCAUCCCGAUCCCGGUCCAGGUCCCUCUCCCCCCCACACAAGAGGUGGCGAAGGUCCAGUUGCAGUUCCUCUGGACGAUCCCGAAGAUGCUCUUCCUCUUCCUCCUCCUCAUCUUCCUCGUCUUCCUCAUCCUCAUCAUCCAGUUCCCGAAGCCGGUCCCGCUCCCCAUCCCCGCGCCGGAGAAGUGACAGGAGGCGGCGGUACAGCUCUUAUCGUUCGCAUGACCAUUACCAAAGGCAGAGAGUGCUGCAGAAGGAGCGUGCAAUAGAAGAGAGAAGAGUGGUCUUCAUUGGGAAGAUACCUGGCCGCAUGACUCGGUCAGAGCUGAAACAGAGGUUCUCUGUUUUCGGAGAGAUUGAGGAGUGCACCAUCCACUUCCGUGUCCAAGGUGACAACUAUGGCUUCGUCACUUACCGCUAUGCUGAGGAGGCAUUUGCAGCCAUCGAGAGUGGCCACAAGCUGAGGCAGGCAGAUGAGCAGCCCUUUGAUCUCUGCUUUGGGGGCCGCAGGCAGUUCUGCAAGAGAAGCUACUCUGAUCUUGACUCCAACCGGGAAGACUUUGACCCUGCUCCUGUAAAGAGCAAAUUUGAUUCUCUUGACUUUGACACAUUGUUGAAACAGGCCCAGAAGAACCUCAGGAGGUAACCCUGGGCCCUUCUCCCCCUCCCCCUUUUCUUUGGAGGUGCCCAGCCUCCUCCAUCCCCCUCCCCCACUCUAGGGGAGAGAGCUGCUAGUGAGGAGAUGACUGUUUUAUAAAGAAAUGGAAAAAAGUGAAAUAAAAAAUGUGUUAAAUCAGGUUUUUUAAAGGGGUAUUUGUUUUUUAUAGCAAGCAUUGAAACAAGUUAACUUGCAUUCCUAUGUAAGAUGGAUGGGGUUGAGGGGUUCCCCCAAAGUUUGGAAGAUCUAAGUCACUAUUCAGACUAAUAAACGUGGACUAGAGAGAACUCCCAA